UGCUGUGCGCUUCCGGCGGGAGCGGCCUCCACGUGCGCGGAGCGGCCCGGCGCCGCGCGGGAGCGGCCUCCACGUGCGCGGAGCGGCCCGGCGCCGCCAUGGCGGCCGUUCGGGUAGAGGAGGUGCUGGCGGCCGCCGAUGAGCAGGAGGCGGAGAAGCGGCGGAGCGUCACGGUGGAGAAGGAGCUGGAGUUGGAGUUCGACCUAGGCAACCUGCUGGCGCUGGACCGCAACCCGCCGCCGGCGGCUGGGCUGCGCGGGGCCGGUCCGCGGCGGGAGGCGCUGCUGCGGGCUCUGGCCCGCGACAACGCGCAGCUGCUGGUGGCGCGGCUGUGGGAGCUGCCGGCCGAGCGCGCCGGCGGGGCCGGGGGGCCGCUGGUGGCCCAGCUGCCCGAGCCCACCUUCCGCCUGCCGCGGGAGAAGCCGCCGCCGCGGCCGCGGCCGCCGACCCGGUGGGAGCAGUUCGCGCGGCUGAAGGGCAUCCGGCGGCGCAAGAAGACCUCGCUGGUGUGGGACGAGCAGGCCAAGGAGUGGCGGCGGCGCUGGGGGUACCAGCGAGCGGGCGGCGACCCGGCGCGGGCCUGGGUGGCCGAGGUGCCCGAGGGCGCCGACCCGGAGGAGGACCAGUUCGCCCGGCUGCGGCGGGAGAAGCGGGAGCGGGUGGCCCGCAACGAGCUCAACCGCCUGCGCAACCUGGCCCGAGCCCACCGGGCCGCCGCGACCAUCCCCGCCGCGCCGCUGCACCCCACCGGCCACCAGAGCCGCGAGGAGCUGGGACACGUCGCCCGUGUCGCUCGCGUUUCCACCGCCUCGCUCGGCCGCUUCCAGCCCCGGCUGCCCAAGGAGCCGGCAGAGCCGCCGUCCCGCAGCGGCGGAAGGAAGCGCCGUUUCGAGCCACUCCUGGGCAAUCUGGCGGCCGAGCGCAGCCGGCAGCUGGAGAUGCUGCGGGACAUGGGCAGCAAGAAGCCGGUCCUGGACAUCACCCGGGCCGUCAACAAGCAGCUGCGCCAGGAAGAAGCCGAGGCAGCUGCCGCCAAGGGCAAGAAGAAGCAGUCGCAGCGGGGGAAGCGCGGCCGCCGGCAGCAGCGGGUUGGCCGCAGCGGCAAGAAGAGCGGAGCCCGGCGGCAACAGCAGCGACCCGCAAGCAGCAGCACAGGCGGUGGCAAGAGGAAGAAGGCAUGAGGGACAGAGGGACUGCGUGCAGCACGGGGCUGGGGUUCCCUGCCAAGGCGUGGGAAGGGACUGUCUCUGCCAGCCUCCUGUCCCGUGCUCUAUUCCCACACUUGUUUGUCAAUAAAUACGCUCCAGCCUUUUUAAGAAAUGUCGUGCAUUUGUCUCUUGGCUGGCGAUGAGGGAGGACUGUGUUCCCCGUCCAGGUGGAGCUGGCGAUGUAUUGAGGGGAUCAGGAGUCUCACUUCCCCACAGGCUGGGGGUUUCACAGGGACAGCCAGGUAAUGUUUCAUUGCUGGCUGCAGCUGCAGCAUUUCGAGACAGGACUGAGGCUGGGCAAAGCUGCCCCUUGCUUAGGUGGCUGAGAUUGGGUGUAUGUUCUGGUGGUGUAACAGCCUGCUCAGUCAAAAUGCUCUUUGCUCUGGGCAAGUGGCCUCGUGGUGGAGCUCUUGCUCUGUAAGUCGACUAAUGCUGCUGGCUCUGUGGUAUUCAGGCUCAGUUGCAAAAGAAACAUGAAAACUUCGUUGCAGGGCCUAAGAAGUUGUCCAGAUUUCCUAGAGAUUUCAGUUGUUUAAAUAAAGCCAAAGCUGGUGACUAGCCAUUGAAUUAAGCAGAAAAAUGUUUAUAUUGAAUAGCAGGUUAAAACCUAAAUUUCUCCCUGUACUAAGAGUAAUCAAUCAUUUCAUAGAACUAAUUGCACAGUGGUUUUCUUUACCAAGCAGUUUGAGAGCAGAUGUUGAAAAUUAUUUCUGACUUCUGCUUGUUAUUCUUUUGAAUUUUGUAAUGUAUCCCAUACUCUUUAAAAAAAUAAAUAAAAUUUUCUGUCCCAGCUU